UCGAUACGAUAUCGAACAUUCCUAUUCGUAGUGUAUUGUGAAAAACAUUGAGUUAUAAAUAAAUAAAAUCGCCGGUAUUCCAUACCGGAAUGUCGAUGCACUUAAAAAGCAUACAAAUGACACUUGUAGGUCUAGCAGCUCGAAAACUUUCUAUAAAGAAGCGCAAUGCCAAGUUGGCCGCAGCUUUUCCAAAUGGUGUGCGUUGCCAAAAGUGCUUGCAACUAGGACAUUGGUCCUAUGAAUGUAAGGAGAAACGCAAAUUUGUGCACCGGGCGUCGCGCACGAAACAGCUGAAGAAACAUAUAGCCGAGAAAAUAAAUGCUGAAGCUAAUGGAAGUGCUGCAGUUAGCACUACCAGCGAAACGACUAAGUCAUCCAAAUCGAAACGCGCGAAACGUGCACGCACUUCCUCAGGAUCUUCAGUAGUCGAUGGAUCGCAAGAAUCAAAUUCAGAUUCUCAAACGUCAUCAGAUUCAAAUGAUAGUGGCUCUUCGGAUUCUGAUGAAGAUUCAUCGAGCGACAGUAGUUCUUCAGAUUCAGAGAGCGAUAGUGGUAGUAGUGAUGCCGGUUCUGGCAGCAAUUCUAGUAAUUCGGAUACCAGCGACUCAAGCGAUUCAAGUGAAUCAUCCAGCUCAGACGAUGAGGGCCAAAUACCAUCAAAAAAGAAAAAGCAUCAACGUACCUCCAGCUCAUCCAGCGAUGACGAUGGUAUUUGAUUUAAAAGCUUUAUAAACAAGCAAAGUAGAUACUGAGUUGAGGAACCGUAAUAAGCUUUAGUAGUUUAAGUUGAUCAUGUUAAUGUAAUAGGUAUGCAUAAGCAUGACUUAAAAAUUUGUUUCGAAGGGUACCGAACUGAAUUUGUAGGAUUUGCAAAACACUGAAUUGUUGAGAAAUCAAUUUUCAUUAUGUAUGCAUUUAAAAUUAAAAUCAAGUCAUUAAUGAUUGCAGGAAAUAUCAGUCAGGCGGUGUUUGUAGUAUACAACGGAUAUCAAAUACUAACGGGCGCCUUAAAAAUGGCAAAUAGAUGUAUGUAUCAUAAAUCCUUAAAGAUGGACAGUACUUGUAAGUGACAAGAAUGAAGUUUAUUAUUA